CGACAGGAACGACCACGACGAACUCACCGGACUAUCUCCACGGCAGCCGUCCGCGCCGAAAACCCAACUGUGGUCGAUGCGCCCUCUUCUGGCGAAGAAGAGUCGAGCAACGAAGGCGCUGCGGCCACGCGAUUUGCAGAUCUACUGGACGCGCUUAGUAUCGAUCAUCCCGCGCCAAAACGCCGACGCACAGUGCGCACUGAGCAGGCGCCGCCGACACCCGUAGGCCACGUAACCACAGCCCAAGGUGAUUCGCGCGCUGAACCCGCUACCGCCGACCCGGUGCAAGCGAUAUUGCACGCGUUAGCUCCGUACCCGUCGGUACUGGCAGCUUACGCCCAACAACUGCAACGAUUAUCGGCACCAGCGACAUCUCCAAGUCAAGUGACAGGAAUGAACCCGCCUCCAAUAUCGCAAGCAGUUCGACUUUCAACUUCCCCGUCAGACCUGAUCCCAGUGAACGAACCAAGUGAUCGACGACAGCAGAAUUUUCGCCCAUCUCGUGCCCAACAAGAAGUACACGACGCCAUCUUAGCACCAGCAUAUAUAGGUAAGGACGGAGACGUUUACAUGGACCAUGUACGGACCUUAACGACAACCAAGUUUCUGGCUCAUCCGGCUAUCGCUUCCCGACUGUUCGACAUCGAGUUCAGCGCGUGCGACUUAUCCAUCCUGCAUUUCCCACGGUUUGCCCUCGACAGCCAACUCGACCGAUCAAAGGCUAAGGCGGUCAACAUGCGCAAUUUCUCCAGCAAAGUGGCGUUGCCCGAAUUACCUGAUAAACCCAUGUUCAGCGACCUCACCGAAGCUCUAUCCGUGCUUUACACGUUUGCAAAAGAGUUUUUCAACGAGGAGACAAGAGACGUCUUCGUGGCCGCUAAAGAUUUCGGGGAACAACUGGAGGAUUUUGCCCCGUGGAGCUCGUCCGAAGUCCACAUUCUCGCGUUCUGGUUCUCCAACAUCAUCGGAGCAUAUCGCCUUGCGGUUGCCUCACGUGCACGCGCGAACCAAGCGUCCGGGACUAAUGGCCCAUCACCUACCCGGGACAGCACCCGAGCGGUUCACAAAGGAGGAAACGACGCUGUGGCUCGGCAAGGAGUUAAGCGUAGGGACCGUAAGGUACCUCAGGAAAUCUCGGCCCAAGUUCCAAAGAAAGACGGACGCCAGCUCUGCCUCCGGUAUGCUUCUGUACAAGGGUGUUCGUCCAAGAGCAAGGACCGGUGCCUGCAGAGCUUUUUAGCACACUUUGAGCCGGCCGAACUACCAGAAGCCGUAGCGGCGUACAUACGGGACACCUACGGCGGCGUUCGGACCUUCGCGAAGCAGGAAUGA